CUACACAACAACCUCACAUCACAUGAUCCAAACAUACUAACUCCUCAACCAUACUCUCCCGACCCAAAAAUAAAAAUGCGCGCUCACCGGCAUUUCGACCCGAUGUCGAAAUACGUGACGUCGGAGGACCGAUCACAUGAAACCGUGGUGGCAAACCUAGACGGCACUCUCGUGCGGUCUAGGGACGCCUUCCCAUACUUCAUGCUCGCGGCCCUCGAGGCCGGGAGCAUCCUCCGUGCCCUAAUCCUCCUUGCAUCCGUCCCGGUCGUCUACCUCACCAACUCGGAAUCUCUCGCCAUCCACAUUUUCAUCUUCAUCUCCUUUGCCGGGCUCAAAAUCCAAGACAUCGAGCUCGUUUCCAAGUCCGUCCUCCCCAAAUUCUACGCCGAGGACGUGAAUUCGGAGACGUGGGAGGUGUUCAACUCGUUUGGGAAGAGGUACAUCAUUACAUCCACCCCAAGAAUCAUGGUUGAACACUUUUGCAAGAACUAUUUUGGGGCAGAUAAGGUUGUCGGAACAGAGUUGGAAGUCACAAAAUCUGGUCGUGCCACGGGAUUUGUUAAGAAACCGGGAGUUCUCCUUGGAAAACAUAAGAGAAUGGCUCUUGUCAAAGAAUUUGGUCCAAAUUUGCCUGAUUUGGGACUUGGAGAUAGGGAGAGUGAUCAUGAUUUCAUGUCCACGUGCAAGGAGGCGUACAUGGUGUCUAGGGCAAGAACCGAAGCCUUACCACGAAACAAGCUUCUAUCUCCGAUCAUUUUCCACGAGGGCCGCCUGGUCCGCCGCCCGACGCCGCUCGUUGCACUUAUCACAUUUCUAUGGCUACCGAUUAGCUUCAUUUUGUCCCUCUUAAGAGUGUAUCUCACCAUCCCUCUCCCCGAAAAGAUCGUGUGGUACAUCUACAAGCUUCUAGGCAUCAAGCUCAUAGUGAAAGGCAAACCCCCGCCGCCGCCUGGAGCGAGCAGCGGCGGUGGGGUCCUCUUUGUUUGCAACCACCGGACCAUCCUCGAUCCGGUGGUCACUGCGGUGGCGCUUGGCCGUAAGAUUAGUUGCGUUACUUAUAGCAUAAGUAAAUUCUCCGAGUUCAUUUCGCCCAUCAAAGCAGUGGCGCUAUCGCGAGAGCGGCAAAGAGACGCGGAAAACAUAAAGCGUUUGCUAGCCGAGGGCGAUUUGGUGAUUUGCCCCGAGGGGACCACCUGUAGGGAGUCGUUCCUGCUGCGGUUCAGCGCGCUUUUUGCCGAACUGAGUGACAGAAUCGUGCCCGUCGCGAUUAACGUGAAGCAAAGCGUGUUUUACGGGACGACGACGCGCGGGUUCAAGUUACUUGACCCGUAUUUCGUGUUCAUGAACCCGAGACCCGUUUUCGAGAUCACGUUCUUAAACCAAUUGCCUGCGGAGCUGACGAUUAGAGGCGGGAGAUCGGCGAUUGAAGUUGCGAAUUAUAUCCAAAGGGUUUUGGGUGGUGCGCUCGGAUUCGAGUGCACUAAUUUGACCCGGAAGGAUAAGUAUUUGAUGAUGGCGGGUACGGACGGGAGGGUUCGACCCGACAAGGAAAAGGAAAAAGAGAAGGAUUCCGAACUAAAUAAGUGAUUAAUGGUGUCUUACUUUAUAAUUAAAGCUAAGGAUCAUGUACUCAGAAUUUCCUCGACAAAUUACGAUUAACUGAAAGAAUAUGUGAAUGUUGGAUGUUCUUAUGCGAAGCUUAUUGUAAUUUGUUUUUAAUUUUAUUUUUUUCAAUAUUAUUCGCGCACGUGCUCCAUGUAUGUUCUGUAUUCAAUUGAUGUUUUUUUUUUUCGAGGCAAAUACAAUUGAUGUCUAUUAAAA